AAGUAGCAGAAAUACAGCGUUUUUUUUUCUUGUAGCAAGUAAAAAGUUGAAUUAAACCAUGGAUUUCCAAAAUCGCGCCGGUGGUAAAACCGGUAGCGGUGGCGUCGCCUCCUGGUCGGAGACAAACCGCGAGCGAAAGGAACGUCUCCGUCAGCUAGCGCUCGAGACCAUCGAUCUGAAUAAGGAUCCGUAUUUUAUGAAAAACCAUCUCGGCUCAUAUGAGUGCAAAUUGUGCUUAACACUGCACAACAAUGAGGGUAGCUACUUGGCCCACACACAGGGCAAAAAGCAUCAGGAGAAUUUGGCCCGGCGUGCAGCCAAAGAAGCCAAAGAUGCGCCCUCUUCGCUUCUGGCGCCAGAGAAACCCCGCGUCGAGCCCAAAAAGUUUGUGAAAAUCGGCCGUCCUGGCUACCGUGUGACCAAGCAACGAGAGCCGACGAAUGGUCAGCAGUCGCUGCUUUUCCAGAUUGACUAUCCAGAGAUUAGCGAUGGUAUUGUGCCCCGUCAUCGUUUUAUGUCCGCCUAUGAGCAAAAGAUUGAGCCGCCAGACCGCAAAUGGCAAUAUUUACUCUUCGCUGCUGAGCCAUAUGAAACAAUCGGCUUUAAAGUGCCGUCGCGGGAGGUGGAGAAAACUGAGGGCAAGUUCUGGACGCACUGGAAUCGUGAUACAAAACAGUUCUUUUUGCAGUUCGCAUUCAAAUUCGAGCCAAAGAUAUUGCCACCACCGCCACCGAAUUUGCAUCGCGCCUUGGGCCCACCAGCUGGCUUCCCCAUUCCGGGUCCGCCGCGUCCGGCAAUGCAUCCCAUGUUCAAUGGUGUGCCGCCUCCACCACCCAUGUAAUCGCACCAACUCUAUUCGUAUAACAUAAUAAAAUGCAAUAAGUCUAUACAG